CACGACAUUUUUGAUUCAUUUCAAGAGGCGGCCCUCGCGGCCUUGGAUUUGGCUGAAGACGCAAAAGACAAGAGACUGACUUACAAGCCGCCGAUUGUGCUGGAAGGGCUGGCAGCAGCAGCAACACUUUUGGGCGCGUGGAUUGCGCUGGAGCCUUCUGAGCACGGCUCUAAGAUGCUGCGGCUGCUGCCGAGCAUUUGCUCCGCGCUGAAGCCCCAAGAUGCAGCACCUUUGCUGCCAGCCCUCCUCGCCUUCUCCCCCGACGACUGGGCAGACCGCGAUGGAGCGCUGGAUUUGCUGCUGUCUCUUUUCCUCAACACUCCAGGGGCCAUUGAAGGCGCUUCCGCCGGGGAUUUGGGGUGCCUCUGCAGCUCGCUGCUUGCUGCUGCUUUUCUGUCUCCCCUUGUUGAAGAUCCUUACAAGCGCGUGCUGCUGCUGCAGCAGCACAAGCAGCAGCUGCAGCUGCUGCAGCAGCAGCUCGCCGCUGCUGCUGGCCCAACGCCAGCAACGAGCAGCAGCAGCAGCAGCAGCAGCAGCAUACCAGCAGUCCCUCAGCUGCCGCCUUGUCCCUUCCCUUUGCCUGCUGAUGUGGGGCCCCUAGCAGCAACACCAGCAGCAGAGUUGUGUGUGAGAGUUGGAGUGUCUGUACACCAGGCUUUGUCACUGCUUCUGAGCAGCAGCAGCAGCAGCAGCGCAGCAGCAGCAGCAGCAGUCGCUGGCGCUUCGGGAUUCUCGCCCCAGAUCCUGGCCCAGGUGGCAGCGCUGCAGCAGCAGCUGCUGCAGGAGCCCAAGCCCUUCCUCUCUGUUUUCGGCAGCAGCAGCAGCAGCAGCAGCAAGACAGAAGUGCGGCGCUGCUUCUUGUGGGCAGCAGACGCCAGCAGCUGCUGCGCUGCCCUUGUGGGCCUUCGCUGCAACGCAGCAGAGCUGCAGCAGAUCGUGCCGCUGCAGCAGCAAGAACCGAUUUGGGGUUUGCUGCUGCGCUGCAGCACUCUCUAG